ACGAAUGGCUGGAGGCUCGACGACACAGCAAGGGAAAAGAAAAGAAAGGAGAACCUAAUAGUUUUCUUUCUGGGAAGUGCUUUUUGCAUUCCCUUACUUCUGAAAAGGUCUGAGGCAGUCAGAGGCCAAGGAAAUGUGUGGUUUCGAUAAACAGAAGGGGCCUCGGCGGCUGAUGCGAAAGGGAAUAACGCUCAUUUUCGUCGGCCACAUAAACUUCCUCCUGGGAGCCAUCGUCCAUGGCAGCGUUUUGCGCCACAUUUCCAAACCCAACGAUAAAAUCACAACAGAGUACUCCGCUGCCAACAUCAUCUCCGUGACCUCGGGACUGCUGAGCAUUGCUACUGGCAUCAUUGCUAUUCUUGUGUCAAGAAAUCUAUCUAAUUGGAAAAUGCACGUGGGGCUGCUGGUUUGCUCCGCUCUGAACGCCCUGCUCUCCGCGGCCUGCGGCAUCGGCCUGCUCCUGGCCAUCAGCCUCACCAUCGCUGGCAACGGCCGCAGCCUCAUGGUGGGCUGCAACUCCACGGACUUUCCCAUCAGCCCCCGCACGGCCGUGGCAGCCGACUGCCCCUUCGACACCACCCGCAUCUACGACACCACCCUGGCUCUAUGGUUCCCCAGCACUAUGCUGGCAGCAGUGGAGGCGGGGCUGUCCGUCUGGUGCUUCAUAGUGGGACUGACCCUGAGGGGCCUGGGGCCCUGUGCCCACAGCUACAUACGGGAGCAGCUGGAAGAGGAGGCCUUGGCUGACAGGUCGGGCACGGACCCAGACUUCUCACCACAGGGCCGGCAGCUGAUUGGACAGCAGUCUGCCUAUGCAUAAUCAGAAACUGAGAACUGUGUGUCAUAAUGGAGACAACAUCCUGAGAACUGUGGUCAUUUUAUCAUGAAUCUGCCCUUCAGUCACCGUCACUGGAUCCAUUCGGGCCUGUUGAUCGAAGGCUGGAGAUGAAUUUGAAUCACAACAGCGAGGUUACCCCUGCUUUCGAAGAGUUUCCUGCCAAAAUGCAUCUGAUUCUUUCACUUUCUCCAGCAACAAAUCUGUUCUCUGGACCAUAUGAAGACUGAAAAACAGCAGCUGGUUUUGGUUCAGUGGGAAAGCCUACAGAUUUACCGCCUACAGCUCUACAGAUUUCACUCUGUUUCCCGUUCUGCUCCAGAGCCUGCAGUGUAGUGGCAUAUACUUGUACUGUGCAGUUGUUUUGCUCAUAAUUUCUGCACUGACUUUGAUGCCAUUGAAAAAGAGAACUCAGGUGAGGCUUUGGGAUUUGCUUGUAGUGCUAUGUACCCAAUGUCCCACUCUAAAUCAGGUGGUUGACCAGCAAUAAACACCAUGUCAUGUCAUUUUGGUUUCAGCAGUCAGAUUAAAACUAGUAUGUUGGACUCAAUGUUUUUCCCCACCAUGUUGAACUCCCUAGAAAGUAAGAAAAAGAGUCAUUUCCGUCAUUUGCUUUUCAGAGAGAGCUAAAGCAGUUGCCAUGUUUUUUUGUCAUUGUGAAUGCAAUGCUUUUGUUAGAUUGCAGUACACUUCAGGUUCAAAGCAGGAUUCCCAUGCCAUCAAUAUCCGGCUCUUACUAGGGUGCAGGUAUUUAUGGCAGAAUGUUUGUUUUCAUGUGAGACAGGCUGGGCUGUGGCUGUAGAGCAUCAUGGUUGGAGGUAGCUGAAAGCAAUCGAUCGGGGUACUUUUUCCUGUUUGCUUAUGAUGAUCUCAGACAUGAAUCAUCUGAGAUGGUAUGACUUUGCAGCAAAUUUAAACCGACAGGCCCCUCUGGCAUCCUUCUGACUCUGCCUGCUCUGAGUCACUCUCCGUACCUCCUUUCUCCUCUGGUCACAUCUGUACGACCCGCCCAGCCACAGCUGUUCCAAACAGCCACGCCCCCCUCACUGCUGAGGUCACAUUUAAAUUCGGCCCCCACUACAGCAAAGACUUGGUUUGGCAGGCACUAGCGUGCACAGACAUGGCAGUGCGUUAUCAGUGGGUAUAUAUACAUACACAUUCCUGUGCAUAUGAAGCGGCCCUCCGGGCCAGCUGUGCAGGGGUUAAUCUGGUGCCAAGUUUAAUGGUGCCGCAAAUCUGCCUUCACCGGGGUAAUCCAGCGUGCAGCGGAGAAUUAGAGGGAAUGUAAACACUGACACAUGGACCUGACUGACCCUGUCAAAACAAAAGCAUUUCUGUCUGCAUGGAAACAAUGGAGGUUUAUAUACUGUUGUGAUUUGUAUAUACAUGUACUGAAGGACAGCUGGUUUUGGAUCGGCCACCGCAGAUGUAGAGCACUCAGAAUUAUCACAUGUGAAGUGACGUUAUGUACCAUGUUAUGAAAUUAAUGAACUCGAUCAAUUACCUUCUGUAUCUGGGCAGUAUUUUAC